CUCCGUGCCUGUGUGCCUCUGCAUAACCACAACUCCAUCAUCCAGUCUGCAGACAGCACCACGUGUUAUAGGCUCACCACCUCAACUACAGGGAGACUACCUCACAGAGAUGAUUCUUUCUAGGAAACGACAGUACAACAGCCUCGGUGAAACACAUGGAUAGAAUGAGUGAAGAAAAUAAAAGGCUAGAAAUGGACCUGGCCUUUGGCUUUUCAGGCAAGGCGUAUGGGUCCUCGAGGAGCAUUGUUAGAAGAAUAGCCAGCAAUCUUCCCCUUAAACCAUGUGAAAGGGUCCAUUUUCAGCUCAAACCUUACGGCGAACACAGUGGUGUCCGGAACUGCCCCGGGAGACGGAACGGGCCGGUGGUCUCUCUGGCGGAUGUCGGCUGGAUGGACCAGGAGCAGGAAGAGGAGGAGGUGGGAGACGACUGGUUUGGCUUUGGAUUUGGGGGACAUAGGUCAGAGGCACCAUCGGGGCUCAUUUUCCGUUCACACCCACCUCAACUCAAACAACCGUUUCCUCGACGCGGGUCAUUACCCAGCCUGCACCAGGCUGACCCAGAGCCCCAGGGUCAGACCAACACCAACAAUGAAGCCAUCCAGAAGAUCAGCGCUCUGGAGACCGAGCUGGCCAAACUCAGAGCUCAGAUUGCACAGAUUGUAAUGAUCCAGGAGCAGAACACACAGUUACCAGGCGGCCCUCCUGCCCCAGGCGGCCCUCCGCCUCCCCCAUCUCCACCCUGCGCCCCACCGCCUCCCCCUCCACCCCCACCUCCCCCUCCGCCUCCCUCAGUCACGGGUAUGCAGAGGAGCUUCUCAGUCAUUGAGCUCAUCCAGGAGCGGCGUGGGAAGAAGAUGCAGGGCCAGACACUGCUGGAGCAGGGGUCCGUGCAAGCGGAGGUCCCAAACAUGCUGGAUGUUCUCAAAGACAUCGGCAAAGUCAAGCUGCGCCCUGCCAAGAGCCGCUCAGAGGAGAGCCGGGCCAAACCUGUUGAGCCCACAGACGCUGCGUCGCUCAUCGCCAACGCCCUGAAGCGCAAGUUUGCACAUCGGUAUCGUCACCGCAGCGGUGACAGCAGCGACUUUGACCUGUGUGAACCGAAUCCUAUCCGUUCUGAAUUCCCCAAGACUGACCAGGAAGUGGAGGUGACACCAUUGAGGCGGCAUCGGUUGAAACCCACUGCCCCUGCGGUGAAACCUGGCCCGGAGACCCCCUUGUUUGGGCAGCACAUGUUAAAAUCUACUGGCAAGAGGGAUCUGCUCUGAGCAACCACCAGACGGGCUGGAGUUCUGCACGUGUAGACAUACCGUGUGCAUUGGUGCCUUGUCAGCCUGCUGGUCAGCCUGCUGGUCAGCCUCUGUGGAUGGACGCCUGGUUUCUACUCAGAUAUGUAGUCAGUCUGCUCUCCACAGCCGGGGACGGGCUAACAGCCUCGUAGUCUUAUUCAAUUCUCGCACUUUGAUCAUAUAUGGCCUCUGUUUUUGGGUGUACCGCAUGGAUUUUAAGAUUUUUUUUAAAUUUUAAAUGUCUGUUUUUGUUCGGUGUAAAAUGAAGUUUCAAUAUUUUUUUCCAAAAUCGCGGCUAAAUUCCAGUAUGAGUUCAGUAUGUAACACUACACAAUCUAACAUUUUUCGGAACCAUUCUUAACUACAUUUAUGAAAGGGUACAUUUUACAUAGACUGAAAGGCUUAUCCUGUUUUUUACCCUUUUCAAUGUAAGUGCAUUUCUCUUCACUGUACUGAGUAUUUGCCAUCUGCUGCUUGCCAUCGGUAAGGACAAACAUACACAGAGAGGAGCACUUUUAGUCAUUUCAUCAGUCUUGUGGAGUACUGAGACCUUGUUUUUGUUAAUUGCAUUCUAGUCAAUCUAACUUAUGAUUUAUUUAUAUGGUUUUUAGAAUAACUGGUUGUUAUUAAUUAUGUUGGAGUUGUAACCAAUAACCAACUCCAUCAAAGUGUAUAGUUGAUUUGUUUGUUACAUUAGGCUCGCUCUCUCUGCUUAAGAGUACAAAUGGGACCAGUUUGGUUUCAGAAAGCCCCAGUACUGUUGAGUGGUACCUCAACUUAAAGACUGGACAGAACUAACACUAAAUUGUUUUGGGCAGCGUUGUUUUACUACCUCUGAAAGAAAACAAGGCUAAUUUAGACUAAAUGCUCAAAGGUUGAGAUUCAAGUUAUUUUAUCAAGUAAUUACCAAUAAUACUGUGCAAGUGAAACAUCUAUCCCACUUACUGCAUUAUUUUCUUUUGUCACAACAUUUUAAGCCAAAGACACAGUCCAUUAGCAUUCUGUCUUGUCCAUGUUUUGCUGUUCUGUUAAGGACAGAGUUUUGGCCCUCAAAUAUUUUGUCUGUCACAUGUUUUUGAAAUGUUACCAUUACACAGUGAUGGCAUGACUGAUAUGAAAUUAGGGCAGAAAGGGUAUUUUGGAUGUUUCUGGUUAAUUGAUCCUUUAAAGAUAACAGCCAGUAUGUUUAUCAGUACUUGACACCAUUCGGCAUAUGCAUUUGCAUGAGCAUUUUAUAAGGGAACACAAUUGUAAUAAUUGGUGUAAAACACUAUAGAUCUGACAGGUGAAAUGUCUUCCACAAUUGAAAGAUAAGUACUGUAAAUGGACUGGAAUCUAGUUCAUGAAUAAAACCAAAAUCAAACUUGUUGUGGUGUUAACUUCAAAUGAGGUGUGUGCAUAAAAUGUUUGA